AUGAAGAAACAACAAGUAGUGAUAAAGAAGAAUAAAACUUCGAGUCCAUCGGUGAUUCGAACAGUUCAUUACGGACAAUGCUUGAAGAACCAUGCGGCUAGCAUCGGCCGGUAUGCGGUAGACGGGUGCAGAGAGUUCAUGGCAAGCGGAGGCGAAGGAACGAGAGGUGCGCUGUCGUGUGCCGCCUGCGGCUGCCACCGGAAUUUCCACCGGAGAGAUGUAGAUGAGGUUGCUUGUGAGUGUUCUUCAACUUCUGACAAUUAA